AGAACUUUAUUGGUUAAUGUUGGCACACUGAAUGCAUUCCACAGCAGCGACGCCACAGCGGCGGCUCGAGGCGCGUCUGAGCGCUGGUCACCGGAUGGUUCGCAUUCUCUCGGGGUGCUGAACGUUACCGAAUGUCACCGGAAGCCGACCAUGACACGACCUGAAAGACGAGAGGUGCUGAAUAUAACACGUCAAGGUCUAAAAUUAGUUAGGUUCGAUGCCCUACACGCAUGACGCGCACGACGGCUCAACUUGACCGCGUCCCUUCCCCGCAGUGGGUGGUGGGACUCACGGCCAUGGAAACGUCCACUACAACUCUUAUGUUGUCUCUCUUGACGACACGCGGUAUUUUUAGCCGUGGCGGUCACCGUCCCCCUCUCAACAGCCGCCACACUUCAAUAUAAAGCAGCCGGGCACCAUGCGGCAGUACAGCAGCGGUCUGACGCAUUACCCGCGCGCAUCCAGCAAAGUCUUCAUAACUUUACGACGCGGAUCGGAGCUGUUGAACGAGACGACUAGUUCAGAGAAUAAGGGAACCGACACACAGCACGGGACCCCUCCAUCUUCGACGACCUGUAACGGUAAAACCGGGGAUAAACUAUACACAGCGCAGUCGCCACCUUCCGUAAGAGACAUGCCCGCGUUCUCCUACUACGAGGCUGUGCCGGUACAUCCGGUCCGCUUCACCACCACGGCGGAAGUCAUCGUCCGGCGCUCCGGUGUGGGUGAGAGGUCGGUACCGAUCCACAUCACCACAGAGAACAGGAGGAAGAGCCAGUCUCCGGUACCUGGGUCUCCGGACUGGGAGGCUUCACACCUCACCGAGCCUGACACAAACAGGAUGCUCUCGAGUCUCUUUGAACAUCUGAGCAACGGAACCGAACUCUUCCCCUCGGAGUCGGACGGUCCAUCCGGACUUGGAAAUGGUCUUUUCAGUAGCUCUGACGGGACGAACGGAAUCGAUACCGGUAGGGGCCGAGAAGAGCGGGACAGAGAAACGGCGCGAAAUCCAAACGAAUCAAGAAUCAUUGUACCGCCACUGGACGUGGGACCCAUCACAGGUGACUGUUUGGUGAUAUCAUCCACAACCCCAGAGGAGAACGGGGAGGAGCCCAUCCUUCUGAGGGAGUCCAGCAGAGACUCGGCGGACCGGGGAAUCCAGUCCCCGGUCCAUGAAGCCCCCCUCCCCCUGGGUCUGCGGGACCAGGUGAGCCGGUACCUGGCGGAAGUGGAGGAGCAGAACGCCUACCUCCGCGAGAGGAACAAGUUUCGCUUUCAGGUCAUCCCAGACGGGAACUGUCUGUAUCGUGCGGUGUGUCGCGCGACCUCCGGCGACCAGUCGGGACACUUGGAGCUGCGCGAGCGCACCAUCCACCACAUCGCAGACCACCUCGAGCAGUUUAGUCACGUGAUUGAGGGUGACGUAGGCGAGUUCCUCAUCAGCGCGUCGCAGGACGGCGCCUGGGCUGGAUAUCCGGAGCUGCUGGCCAUGAGCCAGAUGCUGCAAGUGCACGUUCACCUGACCACGGGGGGUGGCGCGCGCAGUCCCACAGUCUCCACAAUGGUGCACUACCUGGGCGGUGACGAGCACGAGAGCGAGUGCACGCCCCCGCGACCAGACGACAUCUGGCUCAGCUGGCUCAGCAACGGACACUAUGACGUCAUACUGGACCAGAGUGACGUCCCAAACCCGGAAUAUGAGGACUGGUGCAUGCAAGCGCAGGCGCAGAGGAGGCGGGACGAGGAGUUGGCGCGCGCCAUGGCCGCCUCUCUCUCCCGAAUGUACCUGGAGCAGAAUGGAAAGUGACGCAAUAGACUGAAGUUGAACCUAUGAUGCACUGCAACUUGCACUUUCUGUUUCUAACUUGUUUUUAUGGGAUUUAAAUUAUUUUUCUAAUAAGUUUUUGUACUACUAGAACGAAGUGCAGUGCACCUGGUGUUCCCUCUGUCGCUCAGGCGUGCAGAUGUUUUUAUAAAGUUAGUUUUUGUGACGAUUACGAUUAUUUUUUUGUGUUUGUUAUUUCGUAUCUUGACUUUAUUUUCAUGUAUUCCUACAUAAAGUCUGAUUUUCGCU